AUGGGAACCGAAUCUGACGAAGAAAUAUUUGAGGCUGUAAGAGAAGUAGAGGAGGCCGCAAAGGUGCCGCAGAAAAAAGCAAGAAAAACUAAGUCUACUGCAGAUAAGUCGCAAACUGAACACAAAAGGGACAAACUUAUAGAGCUAUCGAGGGAUGGUAUAAUAGAGAAGUCCGCAAGUUUUAUAAGAAAGUCUAACAAGGAUGUUGUAGAUAGACUAUACCAUGAGUAUGAAAGUCAGAGGAUGUCAUGUGCAAGUGACUUCUUAUCAACGCUUAUUAUUUCAAAGUUUGCUUCUGUAUUAGGAAGUUUUGGUGCAGUGAAAUCUUCAGAGAAACUGUCAGAGGAACUACUUAGUGAUAAGCUUCUGAAGGAUGACGUAUCAUAUCUAACCAGAACGAUAUCCCUCAACAUACCAUUCAUAGGUUUAAUAUCUGGUUGAUGCACAACAGCCAAACAUGUUGUUGCUCAUAAGUGGAAUAAGAAGGAGGAGCAGUCCGAGGAAGUGUCCGAGGAGGUUAAACAUAUCCUAUUACAUACAGAAUGUCAAACUACGGAGAACCGUACGAGUGGGGAAACGCUUGGGAAGGAACAGAAUUCGAGUCAAUAAUUGAUGAAUUGAUUGAGAAAACUGACAAGAACAAAGAACAGCUAGAUAAAAUCCAGGCAACCCUGGAUUCACUAGAGAGCGACCAUAGUGCUCUUAAGAACAAAAUAGUAGGUCCACCAAAGUAUGACUUUGAAGCCUUUAAAAAUGACACAAUUAAAACAGUUGUAAAUGUAUACAAAAAAUUACAUGAAACGCAGUAG